AUGUCGUCAUUUGGACAUCGAGCAUUUUUCAGCUGUUGUCCUUUACUAGAAGGAGAAACUUUGCAUUCAAUAAAAUUGCGCAAAGAGGCAACAUACCAAACUCAAUCCGGGUGGCCGGUUCGAUGGCCGAUUCGGUAUCCGCGCGCACUUCCCCUAGAAUCCCACGUGCACCCAUACCAUAUGAUCGUUAAAUUACCGCACCCACGCACCCAACCGCGGCUGUUUCUAUGGCUGUCGUUGCAUUGGACAGGAAUUCCUUUUUUGGGAAAGCCGGGAAUAGGUCGCAAUCGGGUAAAAUCAAAACAAUUUUCGCAUUUCCAACAGAGUAAAAUCAAAACAACUAUGAGAAAAAAAACAACAAACAGAAAGCAGAAAGCAGAAAGAUGUCAAUAUAGACUUGUCACUGCGUAA